AUGUUGUUCAAGGUUUUGCAAGUGAGUUUGAAUAUUUUGGAUGUGGAAAAUAUAUGUUUCUUCAGCACUCAUUCAGUUGAUAAUUGUCUUAGUUCAAAAAUCAUAUCCAAAUGCUGAUACAGUAAAUUAUCUCUUCAUAUCUGGUUUGAUUAUGGUUAAUAUUUUAACAAUGCGAUCAUUUCUUUCUUGUGGAAUCGCAAUUGAAAGAUGUUUAGCCACAUUCUUCCCAAUAGUUUUUCACAAACAGAGGCAUAAACUAUCAAAUAUUCCACUAUUGUUGUUUUUCUUUUCUACUGGAGUUUUUGAUGAUUUUAUGUUAUUUUUCUAUUGCGGAAUGAAGUUUCCACUAGACGCCACAUGCACUUUUUAUCUGUGUUUGGUGCCUUUGAAAUAUUGGGAUUUUGCAUUAUUCAUAUCAGCUGUUUAUACCAGUAUCAACUAUUCGUUUUCAUUUUUGUUAUGUUUCAAAUUAUUUUCUGCGAAAACAAAACUCAAACCAGAUAUCAAAAAAGUAUGUCACUUGUAGCAAAAUGAAUCAAAAUAAAAUAUUUCCAGAUAAACUAUCUGUGCCUUACCGACGGAUUAUCUUCUCUAUUUUUUUGA